AACCCGAAUUCUGAGUUGAAAGUGAAUCUUUGCCCUUGGCUCCUCUCCAGCAUUCCUCACUGAGCGAAUAGGGAUUUGGAAUGUCAGAAAAUAGAAGAGGGGAGGGGAAAAGAUGUGUGUAUGACUGUGAGUGUUUAUAUGUAAAAGCAGCUUCGUCUGGGAGGACUUAGGGAAACUUGACUUCCUCAGACUGCUUCCUUCUUAUAAACUCUUGGUUCCUUAUUUAUCAUUUUUCGUUUUUGUUUUUUAAGUUGUUUGACCUGAUUUUAUCAUAGUAGUUCCAAAUGCCUUACAGCCCAGUGGAGUCAAGCUAAGGAAAGACAGCAUGAUUUCCACAGGAUUUGUAUUUCUUCCCUCUGGAUAAAGUGAUAGUAGUUCCCAGACUCGCUGCCGGCAGGAUCCAAGGUCGUCUUUCCUCCGGGAUUUAAUCUGGUGUCAUCAGGAACCUAGACUCAGGUUUUAUUGGAGAGCAAGCCUCAAUAAGAAGUGUCCUUUGAGGAGAAUCAAGGACUCAAUCUAGGCAUAAAAGGUGUUGCUCAGCACAAUACCCUCUACGGUAAGCUACCAGUCCUGAGAACCUGUGGUCAAAGCUGAAUUGAAAAUAUUGAUGGAACUCAGACUCUGUGUAACUGGGGACUGGUUCAGAGCUCAAGACUAUAAUUUACAGGGCUGCUUUUAUCCUUUAUUUAGUUCUAUCCAAAGUCAUCUUGCAUCAACUCAAAAGGAGAGAUUCUGUGAGGGUAACCUACAGGGGAAAUUUCCCAGCUUUGUGUGAAGAAUCCAGUGGUUGAGUGUCUAUCUGCAUCCUGAGGAACCAUGUCCUCUUUAUAUACCCGAAGUAAAGAAUUCACUCGGAAUAGGAAAUCUCAGUCUGAUUCUCCCCCAGCAUCUCCCUCCCCGACUGCCAAGACGCUCCGACAUGAAAGACUUUCUAGGCUGGAAUCGGGAGGUAGUAAUCCUACAACCAGUGAUUCUUACGGUGACCGGGCUUCAGCAAGAGCCCGUCGGGAGGCCCGGGAGGCCCGCCUAGCCACCCUGACCAGCCGUGUAGAAGAAGACAGCAACAGAGAUUAUAAAAAACUCUAUGAGAGUGCUCUGACUGAAAACCAAAAACUGAAAACAAAACUUCAGGAAGCCCAGCUAGAGCUAGCAGAUAUAAAGUCCAAGCUUGAGAAGGUGGCCCAGCAGAAACAAGAAAAGACCUCUGACCGAUCAUCAGUGCUGGAGAUGGAGAAACGGGAGAGACGAGCCUUGGAGCGCAAAAUGUCAGAAAUGGAGGAAGAAAUGAAGGUGUUAACAGAACUGAAAUCCGACAACCAGAGGCUGAAAGAUGAAAAUGGUGCCCUCAUCAGAGUCAUCAGCAAACUGUCCAAGUAGGCUAGGCUCCAGAUUUAUGAGGAAAGAAAGGGACAGCAUUUGCUGCCCCCACCCCUCUUUUCCAGUCCUUGCCUUCCAACCAAAAGAAAUGGAUGUUUUGGUGGAAGGACACUUCUUUCUAUCACCCUCUUCAGUCACCUCUAUACACUCUACAUUUUCUCUGCACUUUCAAUGCCCUGUUCUUCCAAACCCCUAUCCCAAGUUUUAUGACAGUUUUAAUUGAAGCAUGAUUGUGGUAAUUCGAGCCAUCUGGAGAAUGCUCUGGGGAGUACACCAGGCUCAGCUGUGGACCCCUCAACUUCCUGCUGCUCAGCUACUUUGUCCACAUUGGAUUUGGUCCAAACAUGUAAGACUUCUACCCUAAUCAGUAUCCUUCAGCUUUUUACAUUAACCCAGUGUCCUCUGAUAUAGGUGAGUCUUGUGGUAGCCACUCCAGGAUCCUGAUUGGGGUGCCAAGAGAAACAGCAGGAUGUUGAAUUGAUCAUCAGAUGUCCUCUGGAAUGGUUAGCAUCCAAGGUGACAGUGACUGCAUUGAGGCGCUCUAUUCUUCUUCACCUCUCAGGAACUGACUUUUAUUUUUUCUAUCAACACCCAGUAAUCUCCCUAACUAGUUUUAACCCUUAUUCCUCCCUCAUACCUAGCCGUUUCUCCAAGGCUCAAAUGGCCCUGGCUUCAUUUAUUCCUUUCCUUUCUAUCCUUUUAUAUUUUUCCCUUCCCCACCCCCUCACUCAAUGAUAUAAAAGCUAGGACAGAGCACCUGACCUCAGUUGUCUUUGGCCAUUGUGGGAAGUCAUUAUUCUGGAGACAAGAAAAUCAUCACUCUGGUGCCUUGGUGGCAGCACCACUGCCUGCUCCCUGAAAGGUAGACUAUGGCAUAAGUGUCAGCUCAUUGUUUUCGUCUCCCACUUAUCUUCCCCCUGCAAAGUGAUUUUCUUUAUAAGAAAAUUUGGGCUCUGAAUACUCCAUUCUGCCUCACUUCCUUGACCUUGUUUUCCUCUCUUCGCUCUGACACCUGCUUCUAAUGAGAAAUGAAGUCAGUGCAAGGAGGAAUGAGAGGUGGGGAGGGGAGAUUGUUGGGAGAUGGACUAGGAAGUGGAAGCAGGCUGGAAAGACAGAUAUGGCGAAAGUCAAGUAUCUGAGGCCACUUGCAACAUUGUGACAAAGAAGAUGGAAGAUAGCAGCCCACUGGGCUGUGAGAAUAGUGGUGAAUUUGAUUAUUUCCAGUGGUUAGAUUUAGCAGAGAGAUUUACUUUCUUAGAAAUUAAUAGGGGAAAUGGCACUUAAUAGAGGUUUAAUGGAAUGAAGUACUUUCAACCCAUUGAUGAGAGUCAUGGAAGUUUAGAGUGGCAAGACCCAGAGGUCAUUAGGUCCAGCUUUCUAUUAUUGUGUCACAGGGACCCCUGCUACUACAGCUUUCACCCAUGGGCAUGGUCAGGUAGCCUCUGGUGGCUAUGCAUUUAUUACUCAAAAGUUGGGCAACUCUAAUAACGAGAGAGUUUUUCCUCAUAUCAGCUGAAGUCUGCCUGUGGAUUCUCCUUGUAGUCCAGAUCUACUAUCUGCAACUCUUUAACAGCACUCGAGAUAUGUGUAGUGGGUGGUCUCCCCCUCAGUCUUACUUUGAGCUGCUGUUACUCUAGUCCUUUCAGUCAUUCCUCAUAUGGCAUGCUUUUCUUACCUGUCACAUCUUGGCCAUCCUCCUCUAGACAAAACCAGCCUUUAAAAUAUCAUGCCCAGGCCUGGAAAGAAUACAAAUCCAGUGCAAAAUUAAACCAUUAGUUCUUGAUGAUAACCUAGCAUUAAUACUUACAGUAUUUUCUUUUUGUAGGAGUUUUAUCCCUUGGUUCACUUGAGUGUGCAAGUCAUUAAAUCCUCAUCAUUUUAGGGUUGCCAGUGAUAUUCAGUGUUUAGAGUGGUUCAUUCCCUUAAUAUAUACUACCUCUGUCUGUUAAUUCUUUCCUAACAUGACAUGUAGCUCUCCAUGGUCCUCCCUCUGAAACACCACAUGCUGUUUAAACUAGAAGCUGUAAUUCAAGAUCCCAAUUCCACCGGGUGCAGUGGCUCAUGCCUGUAAUCCCAGCACUUUAGGAGGCCGAGGUGGACAGAUCACGAGGUCAGGAGAUCGAGACCAUCCUGGCUAACACGGUGAAACCCAAUCUCUACUAAAAAUACAAAAAAUUAGCCGGGCGUGGUGGCAGGCGCCUGUAGUCCCAGCUACUCAGGAGGCUGAGGCAGGAGAAUGGCGUGAACCCGGGAGGCGGAGCUUGCAGUGAGCCUUGAUCACGCCACUGCACUCCAGCCUGGGUGACAGAGCGAGACUCCGUCUCAAAAAAAAUAAUAAUAAUAAAUAAAUAAAUAAUCCCAAUUACAGAACAGGAGAUAUGUUUCCUCUGACAAAACCCCAUUUUUAGAGUAUAUAAAAUUCUGUCUUUCAUUUCCAGCCAUUUUUCAAGAGAAGCUGCUACUAUCUUGAGACUUCGUAUUAUCAUGGGAGUACUGUAAGUUCAGUUCUCAGGGAAUGCUAAAUUAGAGUAAUAAGUUUUAUAUCCUUCAUUCUGGGAGAGGAAAUCAACAUAAGGUGUUGACUAAUUGAUUAUCCUGGAACAUUUUGAAUAUCGGGGAAGGAAGAUGAUACUCCUUUCUCAAGAAAAGAAAAUUGGAUUAUUAGGAAUACAUCUUGACCCUUUUCCACUCAAUAGACCAGGGAAAGGGGUUACAGAGAGCCUCUUCAGAUCUGUUUGUGCCUUUCAAAAGUAUUGGGGGCAGAUUCUCAAAACCCUUAGAUUGGUGUUGCAUCCCUGCCACUUUACAUGACCCUUCCAUGUUAAAGCUGACUUUUCUUGCCAGAAAGUUUUCCUUGUGACAAGAAAUUUGCAAGCUUUUCAAUCUCAGGAAUACUGGAUUCUAUAGCCAAGAACUCAUGAAAGUAAGUGUAAACUAUCCUAGGUAAUUUCAGGUACUUUCUCUUAUGCAAUUAAUUUUAUUAGAUGAACUGAUUUCUGGUCUAUCUCCAGAGAUAAAAUACCAUUCCUUCACAACUGUAUUGUCUGGAAGCCCCACGAGAUGGUAGUUAUAGGCCUUCUACUAGCCAGCAGUUCUCUCUGGAUACUGGCAUCAGCAGGUCUCCUUUUUCUUGUGCUGCUUGGACAGGUACUUACCGCUGGCCUCUUCAGUGGCCACAAUCCUCAGUCCUCACCUGCUGGUUUGGAGACUCAUGAGCACCCCAGGCAGCUCAAGCUGAAUAAAUAGCUGCAGACAUGGCCAACAACAUGGGGCUCAGGUCUGUCACUUAACUUAGAGUCUUUACAUGAAAUAUCAGAAUGGGAAAGAGAAUGUUCCUGGUAAAACUCUGUUUUCAUUAAUUUGUUAUUUUUCAAAAACCGAGCCACACCUUUGGAAGUAAUGAUUUGGCCAUUCCAGAGAUUCUGGGGCUAAAGUUUGUUUUUCCAGGGCUGCUGAUCCUUUUCCAGAUAGCUCCAGAGUAUGAUGACCCCAGCCCCAUCCCAAUCUCUAGCGAAAGGGUUAUGCAAAUCUCAGGGUGUUGCCUCUAAAGAAUCUAAAGAAUAGACAUGCUUUGGGCUUACUCAGUGUACCAGAUUCUCUAGUGGGCCAUUCUCAUUUGAUGUUCCCUAGAACCUCCCUGUCUUCCAACUGCAGGAUGUGUUUACUUCUCUUCUGGGCUUCCCCUGGUUUCUGUCCUAGUUCCCACCCCAAGUUUAAGAAGACUUAGAUUCAUUUAUUGCUAUCUGAGGCCACUAGUGAGAUUUCAGAUCUCUCUUUUGCAACAUUUUACCCAUUUCCCUUCCCCCAAACCAUGUGCUUAUUAGAUGGUUCCACUCAGGAAGCAAGGAAGCUAAAACUCAAGUUAAUGGUCUGUGGAUCCCACGAAAGUGUGUGUAAACUACUGACUGUUUCUCCACUAGAGGCAUUUAAUUGAGCCAAAGAUGAUGGAAGAAGAAACUCUCAAAGCCAUGUACUUGUUAGGUGUCUGGAUUUUUGGCCUCUUUGCAGCCUCUCCUAGCCACAGACAGACACUGUCUCCUCUCAGAGAAAGGCCAGUGUUUCGGUCCAGGCCACUGGUGAGUGUCGGCACCCUUGAGGUGGGCAUGGAGUGAGCAGAAGAAGCCUGGAGAAGAGAGAACUAUUUAAAAGUGUUGCCAGUUAUUCAGCUUCCAGGCGGCUUUGCACCUCCAAAGGUGCAAAAAGGAAAAAGAAAGCAGAAAGGAUUCAGCAUUUAAGCAGAAAGAAAAGGGAAAUUCUACUCUACCAGAUGAGCCACUGGUUCCACUGGAGCUUAUCAGUGAAGUAACACUGCAGGAGCCCUGGUAUCCUUCCCUCAGAGAUAUCAUCAGGGGCCCUCAAACCCCAUUGUUUAUGCCAGCACUGACCGCACUUUAAGCACACGCUUACCAAUCAGAGGUCGUGUAAUUGGCCUAAAUCUAGGCCCAGUUAUUACUACAGAUCUUAGUCACCAUACUCUGUCGCCCAGGCUGGAGUGCAGUGGUGUGAUCUCAGCUCACUGCAACCUCCACCUCCCAGGCUCAAGGGAUCCUCUCACCUCAGCUCCCAAGCAGCUAGGACUGCAGGUGUGCACCACCAUGCCCAGCUAAUUUUUGAAUUUUUUUGUAGAGAUGGGGUUUUGCCAUGUUGCCCAGGCUGGUCUGAAACUGCUGGGCUCAAGCAAUCCACCUGGCUGGGCCUCCCAAAGUGAUAGGAUUACAGGCGUAAGGCCCCACGCCCAGCCUACCAUACUGAUUUUCAAGGCAGGGUCUAACCCUUCAUAAGAUGUGAGUUCUUCCAACCCAAUAAGCAGGCAGCUUUGAGGACAAAAAGGCAACAUUAAAAGAUAAGACCCUAGAAGUCAGAACAUCUGUAUUCCAAGGCCACCCCUUCUCCUUUUAGUCAUGCGACUUUGGGCAGGUCACCCUCCCUGUCUGUAAAAUGAGGUUGGACUGGAUAAUCUUUAUGUGCCCUUUCCUUUUGGCUUAAAAUUCUGUGAUUUAUUCAUUCUUAGGAAGAUCAGCAUAUUUAUUGGGAUUUCUGCUUCAAAAAUUCUAACCUCAAAAAUCCAAGUCCAGAAUUUUUUGUUUUCUUCUGGAUUUAAACUGUUUAAUAUGAGCACAUCAAGGUUGACUUCUCAUCCUUGUUGGGAAGUGAAUUUAAUAUUGAGGGUAAUUGAAUGAUGUUGCAAUGGCUUUCCCUCCUGCUGGCUUGGUAAGAAUAUUAAAGCCUGCAGAGGUGGAAAUUGGAGCUCAUGGAGAAAUGGAUAGAAAGCAAUUUGUUGCAGGCAGCCUUUGGACAAGUUGUUUUAAUAGGAAAUAGACCUGCUGCUUCAUAGGUUUCCUCAACCACCUUUCCUCAGCUUUCUUAAAAUGGGAUCUACAUUGGCUCUUCACACCCGAAUAGCAGACUAAUCGUUUUUCUGCUUAGCACCGUCUGGUUCAUUGUCUUGAACUCUGCCUUACAGCAGCAAGAAAAUUUUCCUCGCUAAGAACCUCAAUCUUUAGUUCCAUUGAGCUCCCCCUCUGGAUUUUGGACUUACCAGAAGUAGGAGGUUCUGAUACCAUUCAAGAUGGUCUUUCCUUCAAAGCAGGUCUGAAGAGGAGACUACCAAAGCAGUAAGUGUUUACAAACCCAGAGUCCACACAACCUUAUUGCAUAGAACAGCACUUGGCUUUCACAAGCCUCCUACAGGACCUGGUGUAAUUGGAGUGAAAGGGCAGAGACCCUGGAAGUGGAGGUGGCUGUGUGCUGCGAUGGGAAGAAGGCAGAAGGCCCAGGGGCUUUGGACAUAGAGCAGGGUGGAAGCUGCAAGUACUGGGAAGGAAGAGAGUUUCACAGAAACAAAGCUUUGUCACACAGAAAUGAGUUCUGUCUCACUGGUGACUUCAUCCCUCAGGCUCCAGCUGAGCAGAGAUUUUAAUCAGCUUCCUUAAUGGGUAUUGACACUGCUCAGGAAGCAGUAGACCCUGUCAGGGACAGCUAUUGAUCUUUUGUGUUCUGAGUAGAUUGGAAAAUAGAUCAACUUCAUUGUAGUCCAGGAACUGUUGGUCACAGCUACUAGGAAUGAGGUGAUUUCUGAGGGCUGAGAAAAAACACAGAAUCUUGGCCAGCAGCCAGCAGCUGCAUGGUGAAAGAUGCAUUCACUUCUUUGAGAGUUGGGGUUGAGGGCAAACAUAGAACCCAGGUUUGGCUUACAACCCAGUGUCCCGGAAGCCCUCCUUCGGGAGAACUGUAAGUAAGAGGUGGGUGUGUCUAAAGACAAUACCAUUAAUGAAUGUUCUGGCCUUACCUAAAAAGGUUUAGCAAUUUGGGGAUAACUCUUGCAUCUAGCUUAUGUGCGUUCACAUGCACAUUUGCUAGCCCAGAGCUUUUAAAAUGAGGUCUGGCAUAUACUUGAUUACAAAUGAAAACUCAGAAACCAAUUUUAUUUAUUAAAUCAUAUCUUUUGUUUUUCCCCCUCCCUUCUAAUCCCCCAAAGGACCUAUUUGAGCUGUUCCCCAAUUCAUCUGCUUAUUUUGGACCUUGAAUCUGCCAGAGUGAUAUUUUCUGUUAUUUCUCCUCCAAAUUUUUCCCUGAUGUUUCCAAUAAAGAUUUACUUGGGUGGCCCCUUAAGGUGACAUCAGGAUGCUCUUAUGUCCUUCCAGAAUAAGCAUACACUUCACUCCUCUCCCUUUCAUCUCCCUCUGCAUUCUUAAUUCCUUGCUUUUCUCACUUGGAGCCGAGGGUGCUUUAGAGAGGUGGUUUUCCAUGAAUCAGCCAAGAUUCCUGUAGAAGUUGGAUAUACCAACAACCACCACCACCGCCCCCUAUUCCAGUUUCAAAGCUCCUCGGCUAUGCUAAUGUCCCCUCAGAGAUGGUUUGACUUGUAGGCCUGUAUGACUCCUCCAUAGCCUGGCCAAGGAGACCAUGAGUAGCCAUGUCUGGUUUACUCUUUAUCCUGAGACUGUUUAUAGCUUAAAACAGAAGUGUGUCUUCCCAGCACAAACCUAAUCAGUGUAUCAGUGCAUCUGGUGGCAACAGCUCAGCCCAUUCAAAGAGCAAGGAUUCAGGAAAGGCACACUGAUGGUGGGGAGCCUCUUAAGAGCCUCUAAUGUUCUCCCAAAACCAGAGUUGAGAGUCGGAGUGCCAGUCGUCGGGGCCCACUGUUCCUGAACAAGGGACAUGCAAGGGCCAGAAGUAGCUUGACUCUCGCCUAAAUAUCUGUGCCUUUGCCUGUCCUUUCUCCCACUCUACUGAAACCCGGAACAGAUUCCCGCUUGCCUUCUGAUGGAGAGAGGUUAGGUAAAGAGAGUUUGGAGGAAAAAAGACACCAGGAGGCAGGCUGCGGGAUAGGAGAGGGUUCUGAGAGGAUGCAGCAAUCCAGAAUACCUCCUUUUCUAGCCAGCAUCCCUUGAACUUUUGAAAGGUUGUGCCUACCACUGGCUGGCACACCAGGGCAAUGAUUUCCCUGCAGAAGGAAGGAAAGAAUGUUUCACCCUUGCAUCCUUCUUGGAGAAGCUACAGCCUGUGCUCAGUUGAGUGGUUCACACUCAGACUUUGGCUUUAUGGUUUUCCUUCCUCCUUGUCUUUGCCCUGACCUUGAUCAACAGGGGUGAAAAGAACCACCCUGAGGUUUCCAUGCCUCUCCCAUUUUAGUGGUAGCAUUUUGUGUCUUUACUCCACCCUUCACCCUAGUUCCACCAAGGUUCACACACCAGAUGUAACUGUUUUUCAGCUGAGUUGUAUGGAUUAACUUCAGUCCACUGUAAAUACACCUGGGGUGGGGUGGGGUUGGGGGUGUUUAGGGAGAAGCAGCCAGACUUGCUUUGUGAACUGAAUGUAUUUUUAUGCAAUUGAGUGGCCUUUCAACCCUAAGAUGAAUGGUUUUGUUUUACUGGUUGUUAUUAUAUAGUUUUGAGUAUUCUGUGUUUGAAAGUUUGGGAAUAAUAAUAUUCACAUCUAUAUGAUGCCUGUAAACACAACAGUAUUUAUAAAUGAGUAAAUAAAACUGUGUUUUAACUUUG